CAGUAAAGUAAACCACACUUCAAAGUUCAAACUGAAAGAAUCUGAACACAUACACUCUAAACUCUCUCUCUAGUCUCUUCUCUUCUUUCCAUUAUCUAGGGUUUUCCAAGUUUGAAAAAAAAAAAAUCCCAUUUUCCCAAGAAACAAACAGAGAACAAAGGGACAAAGCAGAGCAAAAAAAACCGAGAUUCGAGAAAACCCUAGCUCCGAAGCACAGCGAGAACAAAUUGGGAGAAAAGAACAAAUCAAACAAUGUGUGGAAUCUGAGUGUUUGUUUUUUGAGCUUUGAAGUAGUAGAAAAACCCUAGAGAGGUAUGGAGAGGUCAAGAUCUAAGAGGAACUACUACUAUGACCAGGACUAUGAUUCCGAGACGGUAGGUAGGACGAGACCUCGGUACAACCACCACUACGCGGCGGCUCCGGGUCCGCAAGGCCCGCCUCACCACCGCCACCGGGGCGGGUCGGGUCGAACCGCGAAGCCCCAGCCGGACCCUUCGCUGACCGUGACGACGUCGUACCGGAUUCUGUGCCACGACAUGAAGGCCGGAGGGGUGAUCGGGAAGUCCGGGAGCAUCAUCAAGUCGAUUCGGCAGCACACCGGCGCGUGGAUCAACGUGCACGAGCUGAUCCCCGGGGACGAGGAGCGGAUCAUCGAGAUCUCCGACACGCGCCGGCGAGACCCAGACGGGAGAAUGCCGGCGUUCUCGCCGGCGCAGGAGGCGCUGUUCCUCAUCCACGACAGGAUCCUCGAGAGCUCCGACGAGUUCGUGUCCGGCGCCGGCGAGGAGGGUUUUGGGCUGGUGAUGAGUGGCGGGAAGGAGAGAGUGGCGACGAGACUUGUUGUGUCGAGAAUGCAUGUGGGUUGUUUGUUGGGAAAAGGAGGGAAGAUCAUUGAGCAAAUGAGGAUUGAGACAAAGACCCAGAUUAGAAUUCUGCCUAGAGAUCAUAGUCUACCACGUUGCGUUUCAAUGUCGGAGGAGAUUGUUCAGGUUGUAGGUGAUGUGAAUGCUGUAAAGAAUGCUAUAGCUAUUAUUUCAUCACGCCUAAGGGAGAGUCAGCAUCGUGAUCGCGGUCAUUUCCAUGGACGAAUGCAUUCACCAGAACGAUUUUUUCCUCCUGAUGAUGAUUAUAUGCCUCACAUAAACAGUACAGCACGCCGUUCGUCCGAUGGUGCCAAUUUUGGACCACGAUUAUCCGCCAACAAUAUCAGAGGCAACAACUAUGCCUCACGUUCAUCUGGUUUUAUUGAAUCUGGGGUUGCUCCCAUGGUUGACCAUGUGCAGCCCUAUUAUGGAGAGGACAUUGUGUUUCGAAUACUUUGCCCCAUUGACAAGGUGGAUAGUGUUGUUGGAGAGGCUGAUGGAAUCUUAGAAUUGCUUCGAAAUGAAAUUGGGGUCGAUGUUAGGGUGACUGAUCCUGUUGUUGGUUCAGAUGAGCAGAUAAUUAUCAUUUCUUCAGAGGAGGGUCCUGAUGAUGAGAUGUUUCCAGCCCAGGAAGCUUUGUUGCAUAUCCAAACCCGCAUUGUUGAUCUUGUUCCAGAGAAGGACAACAUUAUAACCACUAGGUUACUUGUCCCGACUAGUGAUAUUGGAUGUUUGGAAGGAAGAGAUGGAUCAUUGUUGGAGAUGAAGAGGUUGACUGGUGCAAAUAUACAAAUACUGCCAAGAGAAGAACUUCCUCUGUGUGUAUCAGGAGCUGAGGAACUUGUACAGAUUGUAGGGGAGAUAAAAGCGGCUCGAGAUGCUCUUGUUGAGGUGACAUCAAGACUAAGGAGUCAUAUAUAUAGGGAGUUCUUUCUAAAGGAUAUGACACCACCUUCUGUCUCUGCACCAGGCCCUGUGGGCAGCGGUCUAGGACUGGAGGCAUCUUCUCCCAAUAAUGUAGCUCCAGGUCGUGAAGGUCAUACUGGAGGUGAUCCUCCUACUGCAACAUAUCAGAAUGUUCAAACUGUGGCAGCAGCUCAGCCAUCAAAGGAGUCUGGCAGCGAAAUACCAAAGCAAAAUGAUAGUGACCGCCGUGAAGAUGUGCCAAGUGGGUUGAAUAGAAUCCCUGUAACACUUGUAACUAGGAGUACACUUGAAGUUGCCAUACCAGAGCACGCGAUUCCCAAACUCAUCAUGAAAUCAAAGAACAUGCUUAGUCAGAUUAGUGAGCUUUCAGGAGCCAAUGUAACCCUGGUAGAAGAUAGACCAGAUAUGACACAAAAGACCAUUCAAAUAUCAGGUACUCCAGACCAGACCGAGAGAGCCCAGAGUUUGCUUCAGGGAUUUAUUUUGAGCACUCAAGAAGAUGCCCCUUAAGUUACUAUGGACAACAUGCAAAUGGAAAGGCGGCUAAACAGGAAUGGUGCCAUUCAGGCUUCAUCUGUGAUCUGACUUCCCAUAGUUUUUUAAUCCCAGAGUGCAAGGGGCCAGGGCCAUGGUCCGCGCAUGUUUUGUAUAUUUUUAUCAUCUGGCUGCCGUUCAAAAGGGUAUUAAAUUUUCAAAUUGAAAGAACAAUUCCACUGUAAAUGUCGACAUCUAAGGGAGCUUCAAUUGUUGUUUUUCUGCAAUGUUUCAAUUUUCCUGCAUGAGUAUGGGGGAACUUGAGUAGUUUUUUUUUUUUUCCUUUUUCAAUUGUACCUGUAAUGCUCUAGCAUGAGUGGUGUCCACUAAUCCAGCAUUCGGAUUUGCUAGUUUGGAAUUUUCCCACAAAGCCUGAAUGGACACUCCCUAGAGUAAAGCUUUGCAAGUUUUGACUGAAAGUUAGUCAAUGAAGUAAUCUUUGUAAUGAUUUUAUUUUUAGUUUCGUCCUUA